AUGAGUGACAAAUUUAAAUUACCGGCCCGAUAUGGAGCGGGAGAAGCAAGUAUUUGGGUACAAUACAUAGAAUUUGUAGCUAAACAUAAACCUGCCGUGAACCUUGGACAGGGCUUUCCAGACUACCCCCCUCCCGAACAUGUUACUAAAGCCCUGAGUGAGAUAGCUACUGGGGAAAAUUUUCUUUUAAAUCAAUAUACAAGAGGCUAUGGCCAUCCAAGACUAGUUCAGAAUUUAUCAAAGGUCUAUUCACCUCUAAUUAACCGUCAGUUGGAUCCAAUGAACGAAAUAUUGGUCACAAAUGGGGCAUAUGAAGCCUUAUUUUCCGCUAUUCUGGGGCAUGUCGAUACAGGCGAUGAAGUUAUAGUGAUUGAACCGUUCUUCGACUGUUACGAUUUUAUGAUCAGAUCUGCUGGUGGGACGCCAAGAUUUAUCCCCUUAAAACCUAAAGCUACAGAAGGCGUUCAAACCUCAAAUAGUUGGGUUCUAGAUGAGAAAGAACUGACUUCGCUCUUUAACAGCAAAACCAAGAUGCUGAUCCUCAAUACGCCGCACAACCCUCUGGGCAAGGUUUUCAACCGUCAGGAGUUGGAGCUGAUAGCCAAUCUCUGCAAGAAACAUAACGUGCUCUGUCUGUCCGAUGAAGUGUAUGAGUGGAUGGUGUACGAACCUAAUAAGCAUAUACGGAUAGCGACACUGCCAGAUAUGUGGGAGAGGACAAUCACGAUCGGUUCAGCCGGCAAGACGUUCUCAGUUACCGGAUGGAAGAUCGGUUGGGCUUACGGUCCUGUCAAUUUAAUGAAGAACCUGCAAGUUGUACACCAGAACUGCGUCUACACAUGUUGUACACCUGUGCAGGAAGCAGUAGCCCGGUCCUUCGAGUUUGAAUUAUCACGCAUCAACACGCCCGAAUGUUACUUCAACUCCAUAACUCGAGAGCUCAUCUCGAAGCGAGAUUACCUGGUGAAGGUGCUGCGAGAAAAUGGGUUUAACCCCACCGUACCUGAUGGUGGAUACUUCAUUAUUGCUGACUGGACCAAACUAAAGGAUAAAAUAGAUCUUUCGUCCGAACGCGACAAGUACCAGGAUUACAGAUUCACAAAGAAGUUCGCCAAAGAGUCCGGAGUGCUCGUUAUACCGCCCUCUGCCUUCUACUCCGAGCCGCACAAGAGUUUGGGCGAGAACUUUGCUAGAUUCUGCUUCAUCAAGAAAGACGACAACCUCGCACUGGCCGAGAAACUUCUCAAGGAAUGGAACGCCAAAAAAUAG